AUGAUGUCGUACAAGCGAUUACGCCCCGACCUCCUUCCGCCGCCGCCAUCGCCCUUGCAAGACCCUCGAGCCGCUCUGAUAACGCCUCCGCCGUUUCCGCCGACGCCGCCGCAUCUGCAAGAAAAGCCCGACGCGCGCGCCGCGCAGCACGCGGCAUCACGCAAUCAGGGGCCAAUAGCAGCAGGAGGCGCUCUUGCCGUUUCGCAUACCUCCACGUCACAGAAUCACUUGCUGUGCCCGCUUCCCCCGCGAUUACCAUCCGCAUCCCGCACGUUCCGCGGCCCCUCUCAUACCCCUCCCGCGCAAUCCCCGGCUCACUCCUCCGCUUACGCCCCUCCGCAAUCCCCCGCUCAUUCCUCCGCGCAGGGCCCCGCGCACACUUUCGCACAACCGCCCUCCCCCGCCAAUGAAUUCUCUAUGGGGGGAAACGGAAACGCCCCUUUACAGUUCGCGCAAGGCCUCUGCGCUCCGCUCCCCCCAUCAUUCCGACGUUCCCCUGCGACCGGCGCGGCGGGUCUCGCGGGCCGCUCGCGCCACCUGCAGCGCGCAAACACGGCGGGUUCGUCGAUUCGCGGAAGCGCCUCUAGCGGCGGCGUGUCUACGCCGGGCCGCCUCAGCCCAUCCGCAUCUCCCAUUAUCAACGGAACUUCAGCCGCGCUUUUCGGGAUGUCUGCUGGAAAUUUUGGCGGCUUCAGCGCGUUCGACUCCCCCUCCAACAGCCCAUUCGCGGCGGAUUCCGCCGUUUCCGCCGCUUCCGCGCUCCGCCGAUGCUCCACCGUCGGGGCGGAGAGGGAGAGACCGCAGAUGCUCGUGCGUGAUUGGUCCGCCGACAGAAAUAGCAUCCGCGCUAACAUCAUGUUCCCGGCAGACUAUCCGCCAGAGCUGUUACAUCCGCCACACCCCUCUCCGCCAGAGAUCUUCGCGCAAGCGUGCGGAGAGGGUUCCGCCGCCGCCGCCGCCGGGGCGAGUCAACUUCCGCGCAACGCAUUUGCUCCUGCCGCCUCCGCGCCUGCCCCCUCCGCAACGCGCGGCUCCGCGUCUCCUCCGGUUUCCGUUUCCGCUCACAUUUCCGUUUCCGCUUCCGGCGGCGUCUUCGGCGGUGGCGCCGCCUCGUCCUUCUGCCGCACCGAGCCCUCCCGCGACGGCGCUCAGACCUCCAAAGUAUACGCUCAUGAUAUCGCGCCGCCUCCGCUCGCGCCGACCACAGCUCCUGUCGGGGCGUUGCUACAACGCGGAAACAGCGGCAAUCAGAUGGAAACGGGUAGAAGGUUUGCGGGCUUGAAGCGGCCGUCAGAUCUGACGGCGACGGUUAUUUCUCCUUCGCGAGGGCUUGGGAAACCCCCAGCAACGGGAGCCGCGCCGACGGCUCUUCACGCGACUUCUGCUCCUCUCGAUACAAGAACAGUCGCCGAGGCUGGGAAUUGGUGCGGAAGUCAGGGAACGGAGGGACGGGCAGGAAGAAAUAUACCGAACUGCUCGUUAGAGGGGCAAAGCUAUUGCUCUAACAAUGGUGGCGGAGGAAACGGGACGGAUCGUGAUUGGAUGCGGUCGGAACAGGUUCGCGACGAGUUGGCUGGUGAAAGAAACGGAAAAGUAUUGGCUUUACGCGGUGGUGAUAAAAGCGCGGGCGAAGCGGAAGGUAUGCCCGCGUUAUUGGAACAAGCGGAUGUGGAUCUAGCGAGUCUGGUGAAUGGGUUGGAGGAGGGCGAUUCGAAGGUUGUUCUUGUAACCGAGGGGACAAUGGUGGAUGUUCAUCACUGCGAAGAUGUGACUAAAACGGGAGAUUUUUGCAGUCCCGUUACAGGAGGGGAGGAGAGAGCUGCGGAUGCGGAUUGUAACGAAAGGAUGGAUGAUGCGGGAGAGCCGGACGAGCUGGAUACGUUCGAUCUGACGCAAAUGGAGGGUCUUGAUCUGCCGAUCGUCCUGUCGGAUGCGAAUCUGGACGAGAUCUCGGGAAUCUCGUCCGCAGAUUUUCUCCCAGAUCUUCCGGAAGAUUUGUUCGCAGAUCUCCCGUUAGACGCGCCCUUCGAUGUAGUCACCCUGUGUGAAGACUCGUCAGAUUGUGCAGUUAGGGAGGGCAUGGGCAUCGCCAAUCCCACUGCUACACCCUGUGAGGCUCCGUUGCUCCGCGCCGCUCCCCCUUCCGGGGAUGGGAGAGGGGGGGAGAGAGGAGAGGCGGUUGAGGAGGGAGGGGCGGUGAUGGGGGAAAGAGGAGAAGCAGCAAUAGCAGCACCAGCAGCACCAGCAGCAGCACCAGCAGCACCAGCAGCAGCACCAGCAGCGGCAGCAGCAGCAGCAGUGGCAGCAGCAGCAGCAGCAGCAGCAGCAGCAGGCUUAGUCGGGGGAAAGAGGGGCACAGCAGGUGUGAACCAGCAAAUGGCAGCAGCAGUGGCGUUGAAUCGACUGCUGCAGCAGAGGCAGAUGCUCAGCAACCCAAGCAACCCCAAGCAGCAACUGCUACUCAGAGCCCUCGCCGCUGCUGCCACCACAGACUCGGGAGUUCCGCCCGUUGCUCUUGCCUCGGUCAUCGCAGCCUCGGCGGCAGCCUCGGGAGCUGCCUCGGCAGUUGCCUCGGCGGGAGCUGUGUCAGCAGGUUCGGAGCCAGGUCUGUGUGCAGGUUUGGCUGCUGCAUCCCCGUCCACCCCAUCUUGCCAUCCGCCAUGGAUUCUGGAAGUGGGGUGUGGCAGUGGCAGCUCUGCACUAGCCAUUCUGCGAGCCACCACUCGAGUUUGCCUAGCAGCAUGUGACAUCAGCCCUACUGCCGUCUCCCUCACAACCCACACACUCUCUCACGCACUGGGGGAGCACACAGCCACACACCGCUUCCGAGGGUUUGUGUGUGACGUGGCACAGGGGGACCUUCACGCUGCCCUGGCGUCCAGAUUCACUGCACCUGGCGUGAGUGAACCCCCUGCAGUGCCUACAUCCGGCGAAUCUGGCGUAUCCAGCGAAUUUUCUCCUAUGCAAGCAUCCCCCAGCCCAGCUCCCCCGUCCGGAUUCAACGAAUCUGCACUGGUCUCCGUGCCGCCCACAGCUAGACCCUCUCCUCCAGAAUUCCGGGCGGCGUUGUGCAUCUUCACUCUGUCGGCGCUGCACCCGGAUCACAUGUUGCAUGCACUGAGGCAGAUACGCUCUGUGUUAGCCCCUGGAGGGCUGCUGCUGUUCAGGGACUAUGGCGUGUUUGAUAUGGUCAUGUUCCGUGACCGGUUAUAUGAGCGGGGGGACGGCACCCUAGCGUACUUCUUUUCAGUGGAAGAGGUGCGGGUGUUGAUGGGUGCUGCUGGGUUUGAGUGCGAGGAGGUGGAGUAUUGUUGUGUGCGGAAUGAGAAUAGGAGGAAGGGCAGGGAGAUGAAGCGCGUGUGGGUGCAUGGUGUGUUCAGAAAGGUGGGGUAG